UAAUAAAAAAAAUCUUGAGCUAGUUCCUAAAUAUUCCAGAUAUCUAAUUUUCUAUAAAUACUCAAAUAUUAUACCCAUCCGACCUCACAUCCUACGCGCACACACUCUCUCUCUCUCUCUCUUACCUUUGUAAAUCAAGCAAUACGUACGUAGAGAGAUGGAGUCAACCAAUGCUUUAACCUUCAAAGUGGCGAGGAAAAGGCCAGAGUUGAUCGCUCCGGCAAAGGCAACACCACAUGAGUUCAAGCUCCUCUCCGACAUCGACGAUCAAGAGGGCCUCCGUUUCCAGAUCCCGGUGAUUCAGUUCUACCGGAGAAACCCCUUCCCAGAAGGGAAAGAACCAGUGAAGGUGAUCCGUGACGCCAUUGCGAAAGCCUUGGUUUUCUACUACCCUUUCGCGGGGCGGCUGAGGGAAGGCGCCGGGCGGAAGCUGGUGGUGGAGUGCACCGGAGAGGGCGUGAUGUUCAUCGAGGCUGACGCCGAUGUAACGCUGAAGCAGUUCGGAGAUUCACUUCAGCCGCCAUUCCCAUGCCUCGAAGACCUGCUUUACGAUGUCCCUGGAACCACCCAAGUGCUCAAUUCUCCCCUAUUGUUGAUUCAGGUGACGCGUCUGAAAUGCGGAGGCUUCAUCUUUGCUCUCCGGCUGAAUCACACGAUGUGCGACGCGGCCGGACUAGUCCAAUUUAUGUCGGCGGUGGGCGAACUCGCACGCGGCGCUGAAGCCCCUUCCAUCCCACCCGUUUGGGACAGACACCUCCUCAACGCGCGCAACCCGCCGAGCGUGACGUGCACGCACCACGAAUACGACGACGUUCCGGACACCAAAGGAACCUUAAUCCCCCUGGACGACAUGGUGCAUCGCUCCUUCUUCUUCGGCGCCGCCGAGUUAUCCGCCCUCCGCAGCCUCCUGCCUCCGCACCUGCGCGGCAGCUCCACCUUCGAGCUCCUCACGGCCUGCCUUUGGCGCUGCCGCACCAUCGCCAUCUCGCCGGAACCCGACGAGGAGGUCAGAAUCCUGUGCAUCGUGAAUUCUCGGACGCGAUUCAAUCCGCCGCUCCCCACCGGCUACUACGGCAACGCUUUCGCUUUCCCCGUCGCGAUAGCCACAGCCGGCGCCUUGUCGAAGAAUCCGCUGCAUUACGCGCUGGAACUCGUGAGGAAGACGAAAGCCGACGUAACGGAGGAGUAUAUGAAAUCGGUGGCGGAUCUGAUGGUGAUUAGGAACCGCCCGCAUUUCACGGUGGUGCGGAGCUACCUAGUGUCCGAUGUUACGCACGCCGGCUUCGGACAGGUGGAUUUCGGCUGGGGAAAGCCGGCGUACGGCGGUCCGGCUAAGGGCGGCGUCGGUGCGAUUCCCGGCGUCGCGAGCUUUUACAUUCCUUUUAAGAAUAUCAAGGGCGAGGACGGAAUAGUGGUUCCAAUAUGCUUGCCGGCGAAUGCCAUGGAAGUGUUCGUGAAGGAGCUCGAGAGGUUGUUGAAAGGCGGUGGCGAUGCGGUGCCGAACAUGAAAACUACGGCGUUUAUCACGUCGGCGCUGUGAAUUAGUUAUAUGAGGUUGUGCGUUUUGCUAUGUAUGUCCGACUUUGUUUCUGUACUUCUUUUUCAUUUUAUUUUAUAAAUACUAUGUUCCGUAA